GACCCAAAAUCACAUUUAAUCCAAAAGUACAAUUAGCCUCCCACAAAACACGCAUUUAUUUCACGUACCUACUUUCGAAAUGUACUCACUAAAUAGCCAAAGGAUAAGGCGUAUUUAUUUUCGAUUACUUCAUACUGGAAAUUUAUCGUUCACCUCCUUCAUGAAAGCAACUCUCGGUAAAAUAUAAGAAAAUACGAAUUUAAAGAAAACAUUACUCGUGCGAGAAAAAUGCAUCAACGUUUGCGCAAAUUUCAAACAUCGAGAUAUUCACCCCCGCGCUUUGUUGCAUUUUGUAGAAUAAUUUGUUUUUAUACACAUCGUAAAAACAUACGUAAGAAUCCUCAUAGUCCUAUUUCGAAACACUUUCUAAUCUUAGAGCUGAUUGAAAAUUUUAUUACGUUAUUUAUGCACUAAUAAAAGGCGACAGCGUAUGAUUUUUUAUACGCAAGCGUAUUCCUUAUCAUUCCACGAGUAUUCGCUUCUGUGUUGAUUAUUCUAGACUUUGUUUACUAGACAACUUGCGGCUUUUUCAGUCGCUGAUAGUCGUAAUUGUUGAAUAGUGUUCGCGAAUUCGUAAUUUUUUUCGCCGAUGUAAUCGUUCUUUUUUAUUUGCUAUUUCGAUAUGUUUCGUUCGUGAAUUUUUCCCUUUGAGAGGCCGAUUCUACAUACCACGUAAUGGAGGACAGCAACAACAUGCAGAAUUUAACCGAAGAUAAGUUAAACACAAAUGUGAAAUUUUUAUGGGAUUUGUACGUGAAAUGCAACGCCACCAAACAUGAAAUUUUUGAAAAUCUCAGUUACGAAGAAAUGAAAAAUUUACCGACGUAUUGUCCAAUGGUAUUCGAUGGAUGGUUAUGCUGGAAUUUCACUCGUCCAGGAGAACGAGCAAUGAUGUCGUGUCCUCCAUACGUUAUUGGAUUUGAUAGUAAACGUUAUACGUAUCGAGACUGCCUACAAAAUGGCAGUUGGUUUCGAGAUAACACCGGGCAGUUAUGGGCUAACUAUACAGAUUGCGUGGAUCGAGAAGAUUUAAAGUUCAGAACGUUCGUGAACAAUUUGUACGUGUGUGGAUAUACCGUAUCUUUUCUGGCGUUGAUGAUAUCGUUGGCUAUAUUUUUCGGAUUUCGAAGUUUACGAUGCACCAGGAUCGCAAUCCAUAUACAUCUAUUUACGUCGUUACUUUUGAAUAAUUUUUGGUGGCUUGUGUGGUAUUUAUUCAUUAUCGGAGAUUCGUCUGUAUUAAUUAAGAACGGGUUUUUCUGCCAAGCAGUACACGUAAUCAUACAAUACUUGAUGGUGACUAAUUACAUGUGGAUGUUUUGCGAAGCUCUCCAUCUACAUUUACUGCUGGAAGUUGUGUUUGUAAGGGACGAUUACGCCAUGAAAUGGUUUUACUUCAUAGGGUGGAUUUUACCUUCAAUUAUUACCGCAAUAUACGCGUUAACACGAUUAUCAAACGAGAAUGACUCCGAUCACUGUUGGGUUGAUAGCAGUAAUGCUCGUUGGUUACUGGUCAUUCCAGUGAUGAUAUCGAUGCUGAUAAGCUUACUGUUUCUAAUCAACGUAAUGCGAAUAAUGCUCACAAAAUCGCACAGCAAUGCGUCUAAUUCUUCGUCAACCAUUCCUGUUAGUAUUAGAAGAGCUGUGAGAGCUGCUUUAAUUUUAACACCUCUAUUUGGUCUCCAUCACAUUCUACUUCCAUUUCGACCAACGGACAAAUCAGCCGCAGAAGCUGUCUACGAUGUGUUUUCAGCGUUGUUAAUUUCAUUACAAGGGCUGUGGGUUUCGAUUCUCUUCUGUUUUGCCAGCGUAGACGUGCACAUGGCGUUGAAACUCUCUUACAAAAAAUUGCAGAGAACUGGUACACAUGUAACCCAUGUAACAGCAACCACCCAUCAACCUUCAUUUGGAAGAGAUGCUGUAUGAAUUUUACCCAAAUUUGAAGUACGUAGAUAUUUAACUGGUGAAAAUAGAUUUGCCAACAAUUUUCGUUUUGAAAACUAACGCGAUAGCGAAUAAAAAUUUCGAUUCCACGUACUCAAAAUUAUUAGAAUCACAGUCAAUGCAUUCAGCAGUAGGUAUUUUAAACUCAUUAAAUCCUUUGACGAUUUAUUUAAAACUCACCAGGUCGGGAUAAAUUAUCUUCCUACGUUUUAAAAUUUUUUGUAUAUUUUUUAAUUAGCAAUGAAUUUACCAGAAUUGCAUUUUUACGAAAUGAUUUUGUAUUUACGUGUAUAGAAUUGUUGAUUUUGUUAAUACUCGUAUUCGUAUCGAGCGUGUGGACGUGUAAAUUAUGUACUUACAUGAUAUCAAAUUUUUUAUACUUUUUGUGAUGUUUUAUGUUUAAGCAUGUUUUCUAAAUGUCUUAAAUUUUUCGCGAUUUCAUUUAUUUGAUGUGUUAAAUUCCUACCUUUUACAAUUCAUUUUACAUUACAAUCUGUUCUAUGUGGGAAGAAACAUUUUCAUACCAGAAAAAUGUCUUCUCUUCUGUUUAAUAUCUAAUAAAUAAUGCAACAAUA